CUCACGACCAGGAUCGAUGGCUGGCAGACUCUAAAUGGACUCGUCACCGCCGUCUAUCACAGAAUCCACAGCCAGACCGACUCCUCCGACACAGUUGACUAACGACGACGACACCGCUCAUCCGUCCGCGUCGACAGCGACGACGACGAGCAGCACCGCACAGACCCAGAGCAACAACACCGACAACACUAGCACCCCCGCGAGGACACUCAGGUCGAGCACAAGAGCGAAAGCGGCUGCGAGUACCGAAAUUGCUUCAUCUUCUUCGGGUAGACAUAACACACGGUCCACCGCCAACCACCCCGCGAACACUGCCUCCGCCUCCGCUCCUGCCACGACCAGCAACAAACGGAAGGGAAAGGGCAAGGAAGUAGCCUCUGACGAACGCGCAAACAAGAGACCUCGUCGUUCCACGCAAGCCGUUACUGCCUCAGGCCUGACCAUCAACGAACCCACACGCGAUACCAAGGGCAAGAAGCGCGCCGCUCCCGAACCCGCCUCGGACGAAGAAUCUCAGCCUCAACUAUCGUCUUCAUCUACCAAGCGUCUUCGCACGACCACAAGCUCUUACUCUCUCCGAUCCAGACCAGCCACAUCUACCGCCACAGACAUGCCGAAGAAGUCGACUAGACAAUCCCACGCAAGCGCAAAGGGCAAGGCAGCCGCCAAGAGCAAAGCUAUGGCCACCGCUCCUGGACCUUCCCGAGCAGACGAAGACGACAUGGACAUGAUGGACGUCGAGUACAAACACGAAGACUCAGAUCACGAUGAUCAGAUGGAUGGGGGUAGGGAGGAUGAUCAUCUCGAAGAGGAUGCCGAGCACGACGAUGGUCAUGAUGACGAUGAUGGUGGCGGUGGUGGGGGAGACGAUGGAGGGGACGAUGAGCUCGGAGGGCGCGGAGGCGAUUCGGGGCGUGGAAUGGGAGGCUUGGACGAGUCGGCGGCGAUGGCUAUCUUUGCGGAUUACAGGCAGCUGGGGUCUUACAUGAUGGGCCUUAGCUCCCGACUGAAGACCAUGCUCACUAACAUCAAGCCCACCGCCGACCCGACUACUCGUCUUGUUACGCUACAGGAGCUCAGCGAGCUGCUGAGUAUUAGCACCGAGGAUACCCUUGCCGGCUCGUUCCAGGUCGAUUCCUUUGUCAGGGAGCUCGUGAAGAUCCUAGGCGGAACAGGCGGAGAGGGAGAUGAUGACGAUGAUGAUGGCGAUGAUGCUGGGAACCAAGAUGAGGACGCCGCGCUUGCUGCUGCUCUUGCUAUGAGCGGAGGUGGGCAAUACCAGGGAGACGACAAUCUUGAAGCCCAGGUGCUCGCUGCCCGAUGCUUGGCAAACUUGAUGGAGGCGCUACCGGGCGUGGCGCACACAGUCGUCUAUCACGGCGCCAUUCCUGUCUUGUGUAGCAAGCUCAUUGAAAUAUCCUACAUCGACCUUGCCGAACAGACCCUCAGCACUCUCGAAAAGAUCUCCGAAGAGUUCCCCAGCUCUAUAGUACGCGAGAAUGGUCUUGCCGCCCUCCUCAACUACCUCGACUUCUUCUCCAUCGCCGUUCAACGAACCGCCCUCCAGGCCGCCGCCAACUGUUGCCGCAAUGUGCCACCAGAGCACAUCGGUAUGAUUCGUGGCGUGUGGCCUAUCAUUCGUAACUGUCUCGGAUACUCUGACCAACGACUCGUCGAGUUCGCCUGCCUUUGUGUCAUUCGUGUCAUAGAAUCCUACUACCGUUCCUCGCACGAGAACCUCGAAUCUCUCGUCGACGUCGACCUCAUCCGCGCUAUCAAUUUGCUCUUGCUACCCGCAGGAGGAUCGCCCCUCAUUGCGACUAACACUUUCACACAGUUGUUGAGAGCGUUGGCAACGUCUGCACGGGCAAGUGCGAAAAUCACUGUCGUGCUUCUGGAAGCGGGGAUCGUGGAUACGCUUUACCAGAUCUUGACGGGUGUGUUGCCGAGUGUGGAGGCCAGCCAUGAGAGCGAGGAGCAGGGAGCGUCUGAUGGGGGACAGGGGCUUGGUGGUGGCCUAGCCGAUAUGACGGUCAUGCAGAAUCUGGCGCAUAGGCCGAAGGAUCAAGUGGAGGAGGCUUUGAGUCUCAUCUCGGAGCUUUUGCCACCUCUUCCCAAAGAUGGCGUCUUUGAUCACAAGAGCUAUACCGAGAAGUCGCUGUCGCGGUUGAACAAGGCCAAGGCCAAGUCCGAACGCGCAGCUGCUCGACAGGCCGCUCUGCAACAACAAGCAGCCCACUCCAUGCUCGCCGCCGCCAUCGGUGGUUCUUCCUCCAUCGCUCCCACUAACCCAUCCACGCCCGCCGCUAAUUCCGAAGCUGCUACACCUGCUGAGAGCGUCGCCGAUGCUGCUGAGGAUGCCGUCCUUCCUGGUCCUCUUGCACCAGGCGCUGCCGCUGCUGGGAGCAGUGCACCGGAUAGGACGGAGCUGUUGAAGAGUAAGAAAGAGGUCGUGGGGAGGUUCAUGCAGCUGAUGGUGCCGAUUUUGAUCGAUGUUUAUGCGGCGAGCGUGAUUACGACGGUGAGGAUCAAGACGCUCACGGGCUUGUUGAAGGCGAUUAGCUUCUUGGAUGGAGAGGAGGCGCAGAAUGUGUUGACGCAUGUCCCUGUUGCAAGUUUUGCUUCGUCCAUCUUGUCCUCGAAGGAUCACCCAACGCUCGUCAUCGGCGCUCUGCAGCUCGUCGAACUCCUCCUCAUCAAAGUCCCAGACGAAUAUCGUGCCGCGUUCCGCCGCGAGGGUGUCUUCCACGAAAUGGAGACGCUCGCCUCGCGUACCCUUCUUACUUCCAAAUCAAAAGAGAAGGAAAAGGACAAAGACAAGGACGGCUCCUCGGAUUCCACUUCUGCUCCUGCUGGCGGCUCCGAAAAUCAGUCUGCCAACGCGGCGUCGGCGUCGACGCCCACCGCGGCACCAACCCUGCCUACGUCGGUCCCAAUACCGAUCUCGGCGGCUCUGGCGGCUUCGAUGCCCGGGUUCAAGAAAUUGUCGAGCAUGAGUUUGGACCCGGAAGAUGCGGUGACGUUGAGGGCAAGGGUGAUCAAGUUUAAGUAUCUCUCUGGGAAGGAUAAUAGAGAUGCGGACGACGUAUUUUCGGUGUUGAGGAAGUUGGUGGAGAGGAUUGGGGAAGAGGGGAAAGACAGGGAUGUGGUUAUGGGUGAGACGGGAGGAGCGGAGAGAGAGAAGGAGAAGGAUAUGAUGGGUGCGUUGAAGGAGCUGGCGGCGCUGUUCGCUUCGGCGAAUACGGCGGUUUCGAGCUUCGAGCUUUUACAGAGUGGGGUGAUCGAUGCGUUGUUAUUGUUCGCGACGGAUAAAGAGAGGAGCUUGUCUGUGGAGCGGAGGCAGGAGAUGUUGAUGGAGGCGUUUGCGCCGAAGAAGGCGAAAGGUUACGGGACGCCACAGUCGCCCCUUGCGGUCUUCGUCAAGAAGUUGCAGGAGAGUCUCACUAGGAUGGAGUCGUUUGAUGUAGUCACCGUGUCCCAAGGCAUCGAUGAUACUAAGCGAAGCAGCUCACCAUCCCUCCUCGCCCGGCAACUGCGCCUUCGCCUCGUCGGUGCUGAAGGCUCUGACAUCCCUCGUAGCUUCAACAACAUCGUCGUCUCCAUCCACGCCAUCGCCACAUUCCAAGCUCUGCACGACUAUCUCCGCCCGCGCGUUUCGGGUCUCUCCUACAGUGGCCCACGUCUCUCAGGCAUGCUCGCCGCCUUAGCAUCUAAUCUCGCGUCGACUUCGUCCGCUGCAGCUGCUACAGCCGGUGCAUCAAGUAGCUCGACGACGGAGUUGAGGGCUUCGAAGCCUACUACACCAGGAGAACCCAGUGGAGGCUCGAGUGUACCUGCUGGCUCUUGGAUGGCUGCUACUGCUUCGUCAUCUGCAUCUGUUCCAGCAGCAGCAUCUUCGUCAGCGUCAGCUGGUCCGUCCGGGUCGACGUCGACGCUCGGGAGGAGGCGGAGUAUGAGAUUGAGCGCAAAGAAUGCCGGUACUUCCGACUCGACCAACGCUGAUUCCUCUGCUUCUACCUCCGCACCAACGUCUGCUUUGGCACCUCCACCAGCACCCGCACCUCCAGCAGAUGAAGCAGGUCCUAGUACGAGUGCCGCUGCUGUACCACCGUCGAGCACCGUCUCGGAACCGACGGGCGAGCCUGCGCCGAGCGAAACUGUGGUGAACGAUAAUGAAGACCCUGAACAUGACCAUGAGCCAGACCCAGAUCAUGAUCAUGACCAUGACCACGACCAUGAGCUCGAUCCGGAGUUGGGCGCGGACUUCACGGAUGAUGAGGUUGAUGCUGAGGUGUUUGAUGAGGAGAUGGACCCGGACAAUUCGGUUACGGAGAAGACUGUGAAUCUCUCUGUUGCGGAUGACGGAUCCAAGAUCGAAGCCCAGACCCCCGAUGGUACACGAGUAGGAACACCGAGAGAAGCUCCUCCACCCACACCUACGCCGCGAAGCAUCGCAGCAGGCAAGAGCUCAUAUGCCGCCGCUUUGAAGACGAAACCGUCGGAUUGGCACCUCGAGUUCUCGAUGGAUGAGCAUACACUUCCGCUGGACCUUACGAUCUAUGGAGCAAUCCAUCAACAUGAACUCAGGAAGAAGGCGGCUGGGAAUCCGUCGUCGCUUCCACCGAGUUUACUGUGGCAGGGGAUAUACACGGUGAAGUUCAAGAAGGUUCCGGGGCCUGCGCCGUCUGCCGCUGAAGGUCGUCUCGAUGGUGCGGAGUCGUCAAGGAGCCGGUCGCCUACGCCUUCAUUAUCGUCGCUUCCUGAGGAUGCGCCACACGCUAAGAUCCUGCGCCUGCUUCGGGUACUGCACAAGCUGAGCGUGAAGGAGGCUGAGCGGCCCGUGUUUUCUAGUCGGGGUUUGCCAGAGUCGGCGUUCGUGAACAACAAGUUGACUGCGAAAUUGACUCGUCAAUUGGAGGAGCCUAUGAUUGUCGCCAGUCAAUGCCUCCCGGACUGGGCUCUGGACCUUCCUCAGCACUUCCCCUUCUUGUUCCCCUUUGCUACUCGCUACAACUUCCUCCAGUCCACCUCGUUUGGCUACGCCCGGCUUAUUCUCAAGUGGCAGAGUCAAGCGGCCAGAGGACAAGACAGCUCGCGGAGGGACGACAACGUUGGUUUCCUUGGACGUCUGCAGCGGCAGAAGGUUAGGAUUUCGCGCAAGCAUAUACUCGAGUCCGCCAUGAAGGUCUUCGAACUCUAUGGCUCGUCGUCCUCCAUUCUCGAGGUUGAAUACUUCGAGGAAGUCGGCACGGGUCUCGGCCCCACUCUUGAAUUCUACUCGCUCGUCUCCAAAGAGUUCGCGAGGAAAGACCUGAAGAUCUGGAGGGACGAGGACCCUAGUCGGUCGGGUACUCACGUCUUCCAUCCGAAGGGAUUGUUCCCUGCGCCGAUCAGCCCGGAGGAUAUCGCGAACGAUGGAGGGCAGAAGAGGACGCAUAUCAUUCGGGUGAUCGGGCAGUUUGUGGCGAAGGCGAUGUUGGAUUCCAGGAUCAUAGAUAUGUCGUUUAAUAAGGUGUUUUUGAGGAUCGUACUCGGGGAGGAGAUACCGUUGACGAUCGAGUCGUUGAAGUUGGUCGACCUCGAUUUGGCAAACUCGCUCGAGAAGCUGCGCGGAUUUGCGAACACUGCCAAGGAUGGUCGUCGCGAUAAAUUACAGGAACUCGUUCAAGCUGAAGUCGACAUCGAAGACCUUGCUUUGGACUUCACCGUCCCCGGAUACGACAUAGAGCUUCGGUCGGAUGGCAAGAACACCCCCGUCACCAAGGAUAACGUCGAGGAAUAUAUUCAGGAAGUCAUCGACGCUAUCAUUGGGCAUGGUGCCAAGCUCCAGGCCAAAGCCUUCAAGGAUGGUUUCUCCAAGGUCUUCCCCAUCACCGAUCUGCAAGCCUUUACCGUGGACGAGCUCAUCAUGCUGUUCGGUAACUCCGACGAGGACUGGAGUAGCGAGACUUUGAGCGAGGCGUUGAAGGCGGAUCACGGCUUCAACGUUGAGAGCCGGGCGAUCAGGAGUCUCAUUGAAAUUAUGAGCGAUUAUGAUGCUUCUGCACGUCGCGAGUACCUUCAGUUUAUCACCGGUAGUCCUAAAUUACCCAUCGGAGGUUUCCGUGGCCUGAAUCCACCGUUGACGGUUGUGCGCAAGCCUCACGAGGCGCCACUCUCAGCGGACGACUACCUUCCCUCUGUGAUGACUUGCGUUAACUACCUCAAGUUGCCAGAAUACAGCACGAAGGAAGUCAUGCGGGAGAAGCUGCGUGUCGCGAUGAAGGAGGGCGUUGGGAGCUUCCAUCUUUCUUAGGUUUUCCAUGUCGAGUGUCGAGUGUAGGAGAAAUGGGUGCGAUGACGAAGAAGUAGUACUGACAUUGUUUUUCUCUCCGUCUCAGUCCGUCUGUCUCGUUGCAUGGUUCCGUCGUCGUCGUCGUUUAAUGUAUUAUCGCUAAAGUCACAUUCAUUGUCUCCCUUUUCCCUUCAAUGACCCUCUUCUUUCUGUCUGCUACGGCUCAUGAUCAGAAUUGAACCAACUACUACACCCACUUUCAUGUGCUUUUAUCAUCCAGCUUCCUUCCUCAGGCUUCUCACAUUUCCUUCUUCCGAGUUCUUCUGAGUGUUUUCCAUCGUCAAUGUAGUAGACUGCUCAUCCAUAUUCU